AUGAGGACAUUUGAGUUUAAAAAGAAGCAGUUUGGCAAUAACUAAGCAAAUAGUCAAGAAUAGUAGAAAUAAUAGUGGCAGGAGAUUUAGAAAUAAAAGAAAUAAAGAAAAGAAGAAGACAUUUUAGUUGGAGAGAGAGGUGGUUUCUAGGGUUUUGAUUAAUGGGACUUUAAAGAAUUGCCUAUUGUAUAGCACAAAUAAGAGAUUUUAUAUUGCGUAGAAAACUAUUCUUGUGUGGUUGUAAUUGCAGAAACAGGCUCAGGAAAAACAACAAAAAUUCCUCAGUAUUUGGUAGAAGCAGGAUAUGCUAUAAAUGGUAAAAAAAUUGGGGUCAGUUAACCUAGAAGGAUUGCAGCGAUCAGUAUUGCAAAUAGAGUUGCUCAAGAAAUGGGUUGUAUUAUUGGUUAAGAAGUUGGGUAUAGUGUGAGAUUCGAUGAUAAUUGUGAUGAGGAGCUCACUUAAAUCAAAUACAUGACAGAUGGUAUGCUUAUAAAUUAAAUUCUUAAUGAUCCCUUAUUAAGUGAAUACUCAGUGCUAAUGAUUGAUGAUAUUCAUGAAAGAAGUAUAAACACUGAUAUCUUGUUAGGAUUGUUAAAAAAAAUCAGAAGAAAGAAUCCACAGCUGAAAUUAGUUAUUUCUAGUGCUACUAUUGAUGCUGAAAGUAUUAGCACCUUUUUCUAGGAAAGAGUAACAGAUCCUAAAACAAAUUAGGUUAUUGCUAACCUCACUUCGUAAAUUUUGUACAUAGAAGGCAGACAAUUUCCUGUAGAUAUUUAUUACCUUAAAGAAACUACAAGAAAUUAUGUUGUGAAAGCCGUAUAAGUCACUCUUGAAAUCAUAAGAGCUCCUGAUAAAAAGGGAGAUAUCUUAAUCUUUUUGACUGGUUAAGAAGAAAUAGAAGCCUUUAUCGAAAUCAUUUAAAAAAAUUUUAUUGGGGAUGCUGAAAGAUAAAAUUUGAAAAUACUUCCACUUUACUCUGGAUUGCCUCUAGAGGACUAAAUGGAGGUUUUUAAACCAAGUGAAUCAUAUGUUAGAAAAAUUAUAGUCUCAACUAACAUUGCUGAGUCCAGUAUCACUAUUAGUGGAGUAGUUUAUGUUAUAGAUACCCUUUUUCACAAAAUAAAUUAUUAUGAUUUUAAAAGAGGGUUUGAAAACCUUCUUGUUGUACCGAUAAGCAAAGCUGCUGCUAAAUAAAGAGCUGGAAGAGCUGGCAGAGUAUAAAGAGGUGAAUGCUAUAGAUUAUGCACAAAAGAUUAGUUUGUACAAUUAUACGAUAACAGCACUCCAGAGAUAUUAAGAUGUGAUUUAUCAACUUUCAUUCUCUAGUUAAAAACACUUGGAGUAGGAGAUGUCACUAACUUUGAAUUACUUUAGUAGCCUAACGAAAAUGCGUAUGCAAAAGCAUUAGAAUAACUAUUUGCUUUAAAGGUUAUAGAUAAAUAUUGCAAUCUUACUUAAGAAAUUGGACAUAAAAUAUGUGAUUUUAAUCUUGAAACUAAGUUAGGAGUUCUAUUAUUGAAUAGCUUUAAAGAUGAUUUUGGAUGUAGUUAACAAAUGCUUGUUUUAUGUUCAAUGCUCAGCUUGUAAGGUUAGGUAUUUUACAAUGGAUUUGAUCCAGCUACUAUUUUGAAAUAAAAGAAAAAAUUAGGAGCUAAAGAAGGUGAUCAUAUUACAUUAAUCAAUAUAUUUUUAGCCUUUAAUCACCUGAAAAGCUCACAAGCUAGACAAGGAUUUUGUAGCGAUCACAAACUAAAUAUAAAAAGCCUAAAUAUGGCAGUUAAAAUACAUGAUUAGCUUUGCAAAUAAGUUAAAAGAAUGGGAUUGAAGGUUAACAAUAGUGAAGAUGAUAUUGAGGGAAUUUUGAGAGCUUUAGUUACAGCUUUCUUUAUGAAUGUUGCACAACUUUAACCUGAUGGAUCUUAUAGAAAUUUAAGAAAUAAAGAAAUUCUUUAUCUUCACCCUACUUCAAUACUUAACAUAAAUUUUCCUCAAUGGGUCAUAUAUUCUGAAGUUGUAUUUUCAACAAAGUAUUACAUGAGAGAAGUUUCUGAAGUAGAUCCAAAAUGGUUGCUUGAAUUAGCCAGCCAUUAUUUCGAAGAUCAGAGAUUAAAGUAAGCUGAGUAAAAGCAUGGUAAAGAAAUCAUAGCACAAAAUGAAUAUGAAAAAAACAAAUAAAAAAUUGAAGAAGAAAAAUAAAAGGAUCCAGUCAUGGGUAGAUUUAAUAUAUUUAAAAGAAAAAGGCCUACAAAUGUUAUAGGUAGAGAUGAUGAUAAAGAAAAAGAAGGAUAGGAAAAGCUAUAGAAAAAGCUAAAAAUUAAUCUACCACCCUCAAAACCUCAAAAUACAAAUUUAUUAUCAUUUCAACAAGAUGAUGAAGAGGAAGAAGAGUAUAAUAUAGAAGAAAGUGACGAAGACAAUAAUAUUAAAGAAAAUGAAUGA